GGCGCAUUCUGGCUGGGAGGAAUAUGGCAGCGUCCUGAGCGCCGUUGGGGGGGGGCAAUACGGCGUAAAGCGAGCACCUUUGGCACCCGAGCGGCUACAGCGAGAGGCGGCAGCUGCACACCGAGUAGGGCGGGGGGCCGAGGGUCGUCUGUAAUUCUCAUCCGCUCGUGACUUGACAGGUCCUGCGAAAAGAUGAAUGUCCUGAAAGACAACAAGGACCUGGCCUGCUACUACACCACCAAGCACUCCUGGAGGGGGAAGUACAAGCGCGUCUUCUCUGUGGGCACGCAUGGCAUCACCACGUACAACCCCACCACGCUGGAAGUGACAAAUCAGUGGCCUUAUGGAGACAUUUGUGGAAUCGGGCCAGUGGGAAAAGGCCAGGGAACGGAGUUCAGCCUGACCUUCCGAAAAGGCACCGGCAAGAAGUCAGAGACACUCAAGUUCUCCACUGAGCAUCGAACGGAGCUGCUCACCGAAGCACUGAGAUUCCGAACUGAAUUUUCAGAAGGGAAAAUCACUGGCAGGCGGUACAACUGCUACAAGCACCACUGGAGCGACACGCGCAAGGCCGUCAGCUUGGAGGUGACGCCGGGCGGCAUCGACCAGAUCGACCCACACACCAACCGGGUGCUGUGCUCCUAUGACUACCGCAACGUGGAAGGCUUCGCCGAGACCUCCGACUACCAGGGCGGCUUCUGCAUCCUUUACGGCGGCUUCGGCAGGCUGCAUCUGUUUGCCUCGGAGCACCGCGACGACAUCAUCCGCAGCGCCAUCGAGCACGCCGGCAACUUCAUUGGCAUCGUGCUGCGGCUGCGGAAGGAGACGCUCACCUUUGAGAGUUUUGUGACCGAGCGGUUUGGGAAGUACAGCUCAGACGAGAGCAUCACCUCGCUGGCCGAGUUUGUGGUGCAGAAGAUCACCCCGCGCCACCAGGAGCCCGUGAAACGCAUCUUAGCGCUGACCGAGACGUGCUUGGUGGAGAGAGAUCCGGCUUCCUACAACAUCGUCACCAUCAAGCCGUUCGAGGAGGUGUUUGCGCUCAUCUGCGAUGUCGACAACCCUCAAGUGUUUACAGUGGAAUUCAUCAGAGGCCAAAUCAGGAAGUUCUCCUCCACAGAACGGGAUUCUCUUCUGGCCAGCCUGCUGGACGGCGUGCGCGCUUCGGGCAACAGGGAUGUGUGCGUCAAGAUGGCGCCCACGCGGCGCGGCCAGCGAUGGGGCCUCCUGUGCAUGCCCGUGGACGAGGAGGUGGAGAGUCUGCACCUCAAGUUCCUGGCUGCGCCUCCAAAUGGCAACUUUGCCGACGCAGUGUUCCGCUUCAACGCCAACAUCUCCUACAGCGGCGUGUUGCACGCAGUCACACAAGACGGUCUGUUCUCGGAGAAUAAAGAGAAGCUGAUCAACAACGCCGUCCUGGCCCUUCUGUCGCAAGAGGCCGAGCUGCCCGCGCUCAACGCCGAGCUGGAGAGCCACUUCCAGGCCAUCCGCCGACUGGUGGCCUCCAAGGCCGGCUUCCAGGCCUUCACUCAGCUACCAAAGUUCCGGGAGAAAUUAGGAGUAAAGACGGUGAAAGCUUUAAAGAGGAACAACAACGGCGUGACGCACGCUGCUAUCGACAUGCUUUGCGCCCUGAUGUGUCCCAUGCACGACGACUACGACCUGAGGCAGGAGCAGCUCAACAAGGCGUCCCUGCUGUCAUCCAAGAAGUUCCUGGAAAACCUGCUUGAAAAAUUCAUCACCAAUGUGGACCAAGGAAGCGGAGCUUUGGUCAUCAGUUCACUGCUGGACUUUUUAACCUUCGCCUUGUGCGCCCCCUACAGCGAGACCACCGAGGGCCAGCAGUUUGACAUGCUGCUGGAGAUGGUGGCCUCCAACGGACGCACGCUCUUCAAACUCUUCCAGCAUCCUUCUAUGGCCAUCGUCAAGGGAGCCGGCUUGGUGAUGAAGGCCAUCAUUGAGGAAGGAGACAAAGAAAUCGCCACCAAGAUGCAGGAGCUGGCUUUGAGCGAGGGCGCCCUUCCUCGCCACCUGCACACCUCCUUGUUCACCAUCAGCGCCGACCAAAGGAUGCUCACCAACAGACAGCUGAGCCGUCACCUGGUGGGACUGUGGACCGCAGAAAACCCCGUCGCCAUGAAUCUCCUCAAGAGAAUACUGCCGACGGGCCUGCUGGCCUACAUGGACAGUUCCGAUUCGGUGCCGGAGAAAGACGUGGAUCGAAUGCACGUUCGAAAUAACUUGAAAAUUGCCACGGACCUACUCAACCGCAGCAAGGUGCCCGAGUGGCAGCGGAUAGCCGGCAAAGCAGCCAAAGAGGUGGAAAAGUUCGCCAAGGAGAAGGCCGAUCUGGUCCUCAUGCACUGGAGGGACAAGAUGGGCAUCGCUCAGAAGGAGCAGGACAGAAAUAACUUGAAUGCCAACCAAAAGCCCGUCAUCCUGAGAAAACGACGACAGCGGAUCAAGAUCGAAGCCAACUGGGAGCUUUUUUACUACAGAUUCCAGCUGGACCACGCCCGCUCCAACCUCAUCUGGAAUCUGAAGACCAGGGAGGAACUGCGGGAUGCGCUGGAAGGCGAAAUGCGUGCCUUCAACGUGGACCGCGAGCUGGGCAACGCCACCGUCAUCUCCUGGAACCACCAAGAGUUUGAGGUGAAGUACGAGUGCCUUUCCGAUGAGAUCAAAAUAGGCGACUAUUACUUGCGCCUCCUGCUGGAGGAGGAUGAAAAUGCCGAAUCCAGUGCCAUCAAGAGAUCGUACGAGUUCUUCAACGAGCUCUACCACCGCUUCCUGCUGACGCCCAAAGUCACCAUGAAGUGCCUGUGCCUCCAGGCGCUCACCAUCGUGUACGGCAAGUGCUUCGAAGAGAUCGGCCCCUUCACCGACACCAAAUACAUCGUGGGCAUGCUGGACCGGUGUACGGACAAGCUGGAAAGAGACAGGCUCAUCCUCUUCUUGAACAAGCUGAUUCUCAACAGGAAAAACGUGAAAGACGUGAUGGACUCUAACGGGGUGCGCAUCCUGGUGGACCUGCUCACCUUGGCCCACCUGCAUACCAGCAGAGCCACGGUGCCGCUGCAGAGUAACGUCUUGGAAGCGUCGCCUGACAUGAAGCGAGAGAGCGAGAAGGAGUGGUAUUUUGGCAACGCAGACAAGGAAAGAAGAGGACCUUUCAGUUUUGAAGAGAUGCAAGAGUCUUGGACGACGGGCGUCCUGACGGCCAAGACCCGAUGCUGGGCCCAGGGCAUGGACGGCUGGCGCCCCCUGCAGGCCGUGCCGCAGCUCAAGUGGUGCCUGAUGGCCACGGGGCAGGCGGUGAUGAACGAGACGGACUUGGCGACGCUCAUCCUCAACAUGCUCAUCACCAUGUGCUCCUACUACCCCAGCAGGGAUCAAGAUAAUGCCAUUAUUCGCCCAUUACCAAAGAUCAAGAGGAUGAUAAGUGACAGCGCUUGCCUGCCUCAUAUUGUGCAGCUUCUCUUGACGUUUGACCCCAUCCUGGUGGAGAAGGUGGCCAACGUGCUGUACCUGGUGAUGCAGGACAACCCCAACUUGCAGCGGCUCUACUUGACCGGAGUCUUCUUCUUCAUCAUGAUGUACACGGGCUCCAACGUGCUUCCCGUGGCAAGGUUCCUGAAGUACACUCACUUGAAACAAGCCUUUAAAUCUGAAGAGUCCAAAGGUCAGGACAUCGUGCAGCGCAGCGUUCUCGGACCGGCCCUUCCCGAAGCCAUGGUGUGCUACCUGGAGAACUACGAGGCCGAGCGCUUCUCUGAGAUCUUCCUGGGAGAAUUCGACACCCCCGAGGCCAUCUGGAGCUGCGAGAUGAGGCGGAUGAUGAUCGAGAAGAUAGCCGCGCAUAUUGCCGACUUCAGCCCGAGGCUGCAGAGCAACACGCGCGCCCUCUACCAGUACUGCCCCAUCCCCGUCGUCAGCUUCCCUCAGCUGGACAACGAGCUCUUCUGCAACAUCUACUACCUCCGACACCUGUGCGACACCGUCCACUUUCCCAAUUGGCCUAUUCGAGAUGCCGUGAAGCUGCUGAAAGACACACUUGACGCAUGGAAGAGGGAGGUGGAGAAGAAGCCCCCCUCAAUGUCAAUAGAUGACGCUUACGAAGUUCUCAACCUCCCCAAAGGACAAGGAAUUCAUGAGGAGAGCAAGAUCAGAAAGGCUUACUUCAGGCUGGCGCAGAAGUACCAUCCAGACAAGAACCCUGAUGGCAGGGACAUGUUUGAGAAAGUCAACAAGGCCUACGAGUUCCUUUGCACAAAGUCUGCACGGGUCCUCGACGGCCCCGACCCGGAAAACAUUAUCCUCAUCCUCAAGACCCAAAGCAUCCUUUUCAACCGGCACAAAGAUGAUCUGGAGCCCUACAAGUACGCCGGCUACCCCAUGCUCAUCAAAACCAUCACCAUGGAGACCCAAGACGACCAGCUCUUCUCCAAGACCUCGCCGCUUCUGCCGGCCGCCGCCGAACUGGCCUUUCACACCGUCAACUGCUCGGCGCUCAACGCCGAGGAACUGCGGCGCGAGAACGGAAUCGAGGUGUUGCUGGAGGCGUUUUCCCGCUGUGUCUCCGUGUUGACUGCAUCCAGCAAAGCGGACGACAUGGCCGUUCAGGUGUGCGGGCACAUCUGCAAGUGCUACAGCGUGGCGGCGCAAUUUGAGGAAUGCCGAGAAAAGAUGAUCGAGCUGCCCUACAUCAUCAGAGACCUCUGUCACAUUUUGUACUACGGAAAGGGUCUCCCCAAAACGGCAGCCUUGGCGGUACAGUGCGUCAGCUCCUUCGCGGUGGACUUCUUCCUGCAGACGCAACUGUACCACGCCGGCGUGCUCUGGCACUUGCUGGUGCACCUCUUCAACUACGACUACACACUGGAGGAGAGCGGCGUCCAGACCAGCCAGGACAGCAACCAGCAGGAGGUGGCCAACUACCUGGCCAAGCUCAGCCUGGUGUCCCUCAGCCGCCUGGGGGGCUACCUGCCGUUGCCGCGCAGCCUCGACGGCGGCGACCUCGCGCCGGAGACCAACGGAGUAGAAACCGUCCCCCCGGAGAACCCCAGCAUCCGCAAAAGCCUGGCCGCUUUGCUGACACCGUACAUAUCCAGGAAGCUGGGAACGGGAUCUUCACCUGAGGUCUUGAAACUGCUGAACAGCAACACGGAGAACCCCUACCUCAUCUGGAACAACGGCACGCGAGCCGAGCUGCUCGAGUUCCUGGAGGGUCAACAAGAGGACAACAUUAAAAGAGGGGAGAACGACGAGAGCUUCGGUGCGGAAUUUACCUUCAGCGAGCACGGCAAAGAGCUCAUCGUCGGCGAGAUCUUUGUGCGUGUUUACAACGAGCAACCAACGUUCCCACUUGAGCAUCCCAAAGCGUUUGCCGCGAGCCUGCUGGACUACGUGGGCUCGCAGGCGCAGUACCUGCACACGCUGCUGGCCAUGAGCCAAAGCAACAAGGUGGAGUCGCAGCAGCACGCCGAGCGUCUCCGCUUUGCCGAGAUGGCUCUGGAGGCUCUCCGCAACGUCAUCAAGAACAACCCCGGUUCUGAGACCGAGUGCAUCGGCCAUUUCAAGUUGCUCUUCUCGCUGCUGCGGGUUCACGGCGCCGGCAGGGUGCAGCAGCUUGUGCUGGAGGUCGUCAACACGGUGACGUCCAAUCAAGAAUGCGUGAGCAACAUUGCUGAGUCGCUGGUGCUGUCCAACCUCCUCUUGCUGCUGCACUCCCUCCCAUCGAGCAGGCAAAUGGUGUUGGAAACGCUCCAUGCUUUGACAUCCAACACCAAAAUAGUCAAGGAAGCCAUGGCCAAAGGUGCUCUCAUCUACUUGCUCGAUCUCUUCUGUAACUGCACGCACCCUCAGGUUCGCACACAGACAGCUGAGCUUUUCUCCAAGAUGACUUCGGACAAGCUGGUCGGGCCCAAGGUCCGCCUGACUCUGAUCCGUUUCCUCCCGAGCGUGUUCAUGGACGCCAUGCGGGACAACGCCGAGGCGGCUGUGCACAUCUUUGAGGGAACGCACGAGAAUCCCGAACUCAUCUGGAACGACAGCUCCCGCGAGACCGUGUCCACUACCGUGCGGGAGAUGAUGCUUGAGCACUUUAAACAGCAGAAGGAUAAUCCUGACAUCAACUGGAAACUGCCAGAGGACUUCACUGUGGCCUACGGAGCUGGCCAGGGCGAGCUGGAAGUGGGCGGAGUCUUUUUGCGGAUCUUUAUCGCGCAGCCCGGUUGGGUGCUGCGCAAGCCUCGCGACUUCCUGGUGUCGCUCUUGGAGACGCUGACGGAGCUGCUGGAGAAGAACAAUCCCAACGGGGAGGCACUGGAGACGGUCACCACGGCAGCCGUGUGUCUGUUCAGCACGCAGGCGCAGCUGGCUGAUCAGGUUCCUCCGCUAGGUCACUUGCCUCGCAUCUUAGCCGCGCUCAACCACAAGAACAACGCCAUCCCCAAGAGCUCCAUCCGCCUCAUCCACGUGCUCUCGGAUAACGAGCUCUGCGUACGCUCCAUGUCCGCCCUGGAGGCCAUCGGUCCGCUGAUGACCGGAAUGAAGGCCCGCGCAGACAUGGCCGGGCUGGCCUGCGAGGCGCUGAACCGCAUGUUCCAGAAAGAGCAGACGGAACUGGUGGCUCAGGCUCUCCGAGUGGACCUGGUUCCGUACCUCCUGAAGCUCCUGGAAGGUAUCGGCCUGGAGACCGUGGAUAACCCGUCGGCCACCAAGGCCCAAAUCGUGAAGGCGCUCAAAUCCAUGACGCGCAGUCUGCAAUACGGAGAACAGGUGAAUGAGAUCUUGGCCAAGUCCUCCGUGUGGAGUGCCUUCAAGGACCAGAAGCACGAUCUCUUCAUUAAUGAGUCUCAGACUGCAGGCUACCUGACAGGGGUGUCCACUCCCUCUCUCCUGGCGGCCAGCAGCCCACUGCGAGGGGGGCUCUAGACUCCCCAGCUGGGCCCUCAGAGCCCUCCUCUCUGUUGCACUAAUGCAGGGCCAGGAGUAGCCGGUUACCUCACGGCAGCAGGCAGCGGCACCACCGUACUGCCCAGCAGCCCUCCCCCGGAAGACAGCGAUCAAGGCUGACGGAGGCGGACGCACACUCGCAAUAGCCACAGUCAGGCUCAGGCACCCGAGCCGCCCUGUUUGGCUCCCCCCCCUCACCCGAGACGCACGAGGGGAGCGCAGAUGGGGAGGAAGAUGUCGCUGACUCCUCCCCAUAUCGCCAUCUGCCCUCUCUGACCGUCACCGCGUAAAUUGUUUGAAAUUGUCUUAACAGGUGGGCCACGUUUUGUUUUCGUGAUAACACCUUUCUUCCGAUGAAAAGCAGAAGAGUUUACUUUUUGUAUGAAGAUAUUUUUUACAGUAGAUUUUCUUCUGUUUUUCCCAUGGGAAAAACAUUGGAAGACUGUCAUUAGUUAAUUUUGUCUCUUCUCCUUUCUGUCAUCUUGCAAUUUCCCAAUUGGCUCCACUGGCCCCCUCCAAAUUGUCAGCCUCAAUCUCGGAGUUUUAGUCUCGGGAAUUGCAAAUGAGAUUUGUCCUCCUUUUUCUGUAGAUUCUGCCGUUUUGACCUCUAUUCCUACUUCAUUCCAUUGUUGCCCCCUCAAUUUUAUAAAAUAAUUUCCCGUUCCCCAGAAUGAGAAACAAGCACUAGAAUAUUUAUAAGUGAAUAACAACGUCAACUUGAAAUGAGGUUCUGAUAUGACGACAGGAUGAAUUAUGUUUGAGUCUGUGUGAAAGACUAGUGCAGUUUGUGACAAGUUCAAUGUAAUAUUACGUAUAUAAACUUUCUAUAUUGAAUGUACAUUAAAACAAUGAAUCAGUCGCACUUGUACAUAAAAUUUUAAGAAUAAAAGGGAACCCACAGUGUCAUUCA